AUUGUGAAGGUUAAGACAGAUUUCUAGUUGCAGACACUUAGCAUAUUUUACAUAAAUAAAUGUUGACUAAGUGUUCUUGGAAUUGAAAUUGUGGUAAGAUUUUACUCCUGGUGUCAUUCUACCCCUGUGGGAUUCUGCUCCUUCUCUGACCUCAACUUAGCUGUGAAUUCUAUUGUCCCUGCUGCUAGACUUUACUAACAUUAACCACGUUGAUUUUCAUGCCUGGAGAGAAGAGGGAUCAUGCAGAACGGAACAGAGUACAGGAAGAGAAGGCUGCAACAACCACCACAACACCCUGGAGGGCACAGGGAGAGACAAAAACUUCUGCCAGGCAUUGCUGAGAUAGAACACAGGUAGUACUCAUCAACUUUGGUUCUGUUCACCCAAGCAUCAAGUCUAGAAGACACUCCUUGCUACUGUUUCUCCUCUUUCUCGGUGCCUCAGUCCUGUCACGUAAGGAAAUCAGACAUAGGAGAAAAAAAAAAAAGAAGAAGAAGAAGAAAAGAAAAACCUCCCACAUAGAAAUAUAUUAAAAAUCUAUCUCUCUGGAUGCUUGGUUCCUUUCUCGUUCUCAUUAACUGAUAGAAGGCCACUGACACCAACAUUGGCCUAAGCUAAAAUUGGUUUUCUUUUUCAGAGAUUGUAGGUUGAUUCUAGGUUGCAGAAAAGGCAAAAUAUUUUGCUAGAGGCAUGGAAUACAGAUUAGGUUGGUGAUGUCACAAAAGAGGUUUUCAACAGUGUCAGCAGAGGCUGUAGUGAUGAGUAAGGAAGUUGAUAAACGGCAACAUCUGAAAUAGCUAUUUGCCCUGAAUAGGCAGGUGGAGAAUAUUAGUUACACGUGGGACAAAUCCCAUUAUGAGACAUAUCAUCACAACAAGAAUAUUUCAUUCUAGAUUUUAGAAUCCCAGGUUUUGGCUCACUUUGGUCAAGAAAAAUUAUAAAUAAUUGAGUUAGAGAUAAUUAAAUGUUAGCCUCUUGGAGUGCAUGGCAAUUGGUUUUGACCUCUAUAUUAAAAUUCACAAGACCACGGACAUAAGUCAAAACAGGUCCCCUUCGUCUCCCUAGUCACCAUCUCCAGGGCUAAAAAACAGACUUGAAAUGGGUGCCAGUUAGACUACAGGAAACAGGAUCUACAAGCACCAGGAGCUCAUCUAUGGCUAUCUGACAUCACCUGGGGACACCUCACCCUCUGGCAGGCUCCUGCAGGCUGGAGAUUGUUAACGUAGCCAAUCAGAUGUUAAUUGAAUGCAAAGGAAUAGGAAAUAAAUUCUGGUUCUGAAGGGGCAGCUGGAAAGGUGUUGGGCUUCUCAGAUUCCGACCUACAUUACAAAGCAGGCCUAAAGCCAAGCAUACUCCUUGCCAGAGGAAACGGAAAGCCCCUCUCCCGUUUUUAGAAUCAGGCUGGAAAACACGGCUCCCAGAAGGUGGGGUUAGAAAACAAGAGCUUGCGAGGCAGCGCCCUGUGGUCCCUCGAGGAAAUAGGAGAGAGACAAAGAGGGCCUGCUCCUGGGAAGCCCUAAAUUCGAAGCCAAUCCUUCCUCCUAGACAUGACCACAACUUUAAAGGGCAGGGCGCACACCUCCCCUCCCGGAUCUCUAGGGCAAAGGCAGGUCGAGGGUAAAUAUUUCUAGUUAUUCAAUAUAUUCAGUGGCUAACUAUUUAUUUUGUGGGUACCAGACACCGACAUAAUCGGUUACGUCCUUCCCUUAAUUCUCAUAAUUCUGAGGUUUGUGUUAUUAACCCCCUAUUAUCUUUGGUCUACCCAGGGCAGCCAAAGAGGCGCAGAGAAGAGUGACAAGGUGCCCAGCAAGCGGCGGGAUCAAAGCCUGGGUCUCUAAUUCCCAGGCUGGAGAUUCUGGGCUGCCUGCUCCUCCUGCACGGGGCGAAAAGCCCACCUGGGAUCCGAGCAGGCGGCCGCGCCACUCUCGCAGGCUCCAUACACCCGCCACUACCCGCCUGUACCACCUGCAGCCGGCAGCGCAGCCUCCUCGCGGGUCCCGCAGGGCGCGCUGCAGGUGCGCGGGGCAUCCCGAAGCCCCGCCCUCGCGUCCCUGCCCCGCGCCCAGCUCCUCACGCUCGGUGCCCGCGCCCCGCAGCGGCAGCGCAGAACGCACCGCCUCCGCCAGAGCCCGGGAAGCGCUCGGGCGAAGAGGAGGAGCCAAGGGUACCGAGCGGGUGGAGUCGGGAGCCGGGGAGCGGUGGAGGCGGAUUUCCUGGGCCCGGCCCUCUGGCGCUACCAUGGCGUUUGGCAAGAGUCACCGGGAUCCCUAUGCGACCUCCGUGGGCCACCUCAUAGAAAAGGCUACAUUUGCUGGAGUUCAGACUGAAGAUUGGGGCCAGUUCAUGCACAUCUGUGACAUAAUUAACACUACCCAGGAUGGGCCAAAAGAUGCAGUGAAAGCUUUGAAGAAAAGGAUUUCCAAAAACUACAAUCAUAAAGAAAUCCAACUUACCUUGUCACUUAUUGACAUGUGUGUGCAGAACUGUGGUCCAAGUUUCCAGUCUCUGAUUGUGAAGAAGGAAUUUGUUAAAGAGAAUUUAGUUAAGCUACUGAAUCCCAGAUACAACUUGCCAUUAGACAUUCAGAAUAGAAUCUUGAAUUUCAUUAAGACUUGGUCACAGGGCUUCCCAGGAGGUGUGGAUGUAAGCGAAGUCAAAGAAGUAUACCUCGACCUGGUUAAGAAAGGCGUUCAGUUUCCUCCCUCAGAAGCAGAGGCUGAAACAGCAAGACAAGAGACUGCUCAAAUCUCAUCAAAUCCUCCAACAUCUGUCCCUACUGCACCAGCUCUUUCUUCUGUAAUUGCUCCAAAGAACUCAACUAUUACAUUGGUCCCAGAACAGAUUGGAAAACUGCACAGUGAAUUGGAUAUGGUGAAAAUGAAUGUGCGAGUGAUGUCCGCCAUAUUGAUGGAGAAUACUCCUGGGUCUGAAAACCAUGAAGACAUAGAGCUUCUGCAGAAACUCUAUAAAACAGGUCGGGAGAUGCAGGAGAGGAUCAUGGACCUGCUUGUGGUGGUGGAGAAUGAAGAUGUAACUGUUGAGCUAAUUCAGGUGAAUGAGGAUUUGAAUAAUGCUAUCCUUGGAUAUGAGAGGUUUACUAGAAACCAACAAAGGAUUUUGGAGCAAAAUAAGAACCAGAAGGAAGCCACCAAUACUACCAGUGAGCCUUCUGCCCCAUCUCAAGAUCUCCUCGACCUAAGUCCCAGUCCCCGGAUGCCUAGGGCCACUCUGGGAGAACUCAACACCAUGAAUAAUCAACUUUCAGGCUUAAAUUUCAGCCUUCCAAGUUCUGAUGUAACAAACAACUUAAAACCCAGUCUUCAUCCACAGAUGAACUUGCUAGCCUUGGAGAAUACAGAGAUACCCCCGUUUGCCCAAAGGAACAGCCAAAACCUCACCUCAAGCCACGCAAAUGAUAACUUUCUGGAACAUUCAAAUUCAGUGUUUCUACAGCCAGUUAGUCUACAAACCAUUGCAGUAGCACCAUCAAACCAGAGUCUGCCACCUUUGCCCAGCAAUCAUCCAGCGAUGACAAAAAGUGAUCUCCAGCCACCUAAUUACUACGAGGUAAUGGAGUUUGAUCCCUUAGCUCCUGCUGUCACUACAGAAGCUAUUUAUGAAGAAAUUGAUGCUCACCAGCACAAAGGAGCUCAAAAUGAUGGUGACUGAGAAGAAAGUGGAUGAUCAGCUCACUACCACAUCAAAGGUGCCAACUCUCUAAAACGUAGACUCUGUGCAGCUUUGAAGCCUGGAAGACAAUACCUACCAACAUGUCAAAGCCACGGUGGCACAUUUCUGCUAUAAUGAAGAUUAAAUAGAAUAACAGUUCCAGGAUAACACUGAUUCCUGACAACAGCGUGAGAUUUCAACAGAACUUGUUUGGAACAAAUACUCACUUAAAACUUCAGCAGAAGAAAAAUUACUUAGUCCUUAGGCCAACCAAUUUAACUGCAGUGUCAUAUGUUUCACAGGCCUUCCUACAUUUAGAAAUCGUCACACAGCUGUGAUAAGAGUAGAUUAUUUUACUAUGAAAUAAUUCUGAAUAGAUGAAAGCAUAAAAUGUGAGAAACCGAAUGUAUUAUUCAGGAAGAAUACUGAGUGCCUUCAUUUAACUAAAGUUGAAUGUAAAAGUCAAUUUUGCACUUCUUUAUAAUCCUCUGGUUUAGAAUUAUAAAUUGUUAAAACCUUGAUAAUUGUCAUUUAAUUAUAUUUCAGGUGUCCUGAACAGGUCACUAGACUCUACAUUGAGCAGCCUUUAAAUAUGAUUCUUUGUAAUGCUAAAUAGUCUUUUUUUCUCUUUUUACUGCAACUUAAUAUUUCUAUUUAGAACACAGAAAAUGAAAAUAUUUAGAAUAAGUUGUACAUUUGAUGACAAAUAAAUCACUAUUAAAAUAA